AUGGGAUUUUAUGGGGAAAUUCCCCAAGAAGUUGACCGUCUGUUUCGUCUAAGGUAUCUCAACCUGUCGGACAACACAUUGGGAAGAGAAAUUCCAAUCAACAUCACCUUUUGUUCAGAGCUCAGGAUUAUGAGUUUGGCCUUUAAUGGCUUAGUGGGGAAAAUUCCUGCUAAGCUAGGGUCUUCAAAGAAGCUUGUGACACUUUUCCUCACUUCAAACAGCCUCACGGGAAAGAUCCCACAUACUGUUGGAAACCUUUCGUCCCUUCAACGUUUCUCUGUAUCAUUUAAUCAUAUAGAAGGAAAUAUUCCAAAUGAAUUGGGGCAAAUAACAAGCUUAAUCGUGCUCGCGAUGGGACCCAAUAAUCUGGUUGGUUCAAUUCCUUCUAACCUCAACAAUAUCUCAUCCAUCGCUGAGCUCUCUGUUCCACAGAAUCAAUUGCAUGGAAGGCUCCCAGCAAAUAUAGGGCUUACUCUUCCUAACCUGCAAAUUUUUGAAAUCGGCGGAAACAAUUUCCAUGGAAGCAUUCCAAUUUCGUUGACAAAUGCUUCUAUGCAGCUUGAAAUACUUGACAUCUCUUACAACAGUUUCAGAGGACAAGUACCAAUCAAUGUGGGAGAUUUGAACGGUCUCCAAUUUCUGAACUUGGAACACAAUUUUCUGGGCAAUAAUUCAAGUAAGGAUUUGGCUUUCUUUACAUCUUUGUCAAACUGCAGCAAUCUCGAAAAUCUAUAUCUUGCUGAAAAUAAUUUUGGUGGUGUAUUACCUAGCACUAUAGUAAAUAUGUCUACCCUUGUCGAUGUAACUUUAGGAACAAACCAAAUGUUCGGUAGAAUUCCAGUAGACAUUGGGAAUCUUGUCAAUCUGUAUGGAUUAGGCAUGGAACAAAACCUUUUCUCUGGCAACAUUCCCAUUUCUUUGGGGAAGCUUCAAAAGCUGCAAUCAUUGAAUUUGCAUACAAACAUGUUGUCAGGGAAAAUCUCUCCAUCCCUCGGUAACAUUACCCAGCUCUAUAAGCUUUGGUUGGAAAGAAACAAAUUAGAAGGGAAUAUACCAUCAAGUAUCGCUCAAUGCCAAAAUCUGCAAACUCUGGAUUUAGGAAAAAAUAACAUGACUGGCAUCGUACCCCAUCAAAUUCUUGGUCUGUCAUUUCUAUCCCUAAUUCUUAACUUGUCAUAUAACUCAUUGGAAGGUUCGUUGCCUCGAGAGGUUGGCCACCUAAAAAAUAUCGGUGCAAUAGAUGUCUCAGAAAACAAACUGUCUGGGGAAAUUCCUGGAACAAUAGGUGAAUGUUUGAGUCUAGGAAUCCUUGACAUGCAGGGUAACUUUCUCCAAGGGCCCAUUCCUUCAUCCCUUGCUUCCUUACGGGGUCUCCAAUUCUUAGACCUGUCAAGAAACAACUUAUCAGGAAAGAUUCCAAAAGAGAUAGAAAAGCUUCCUUUUUUGAAAUAUCUGAAUCUCUCUUUCAAUAAUCUUGAGGGUGAGGUACCAACCAAGGGAGUGUUCAGCAAUUUAACGGCAGCUUCACUUGUUGGAAACAAAAAUCUUUGUGGAGGUAUCCCAGAAUUGCAGCUACCAGCAUGCCUCAUCAAGCGAAAGAAACACAAAAAGUCUCCUAUUGCCAUUAUCCUUGCAACAAUCAUCAGUUCAAUUGUCCUUUUCAUGGUGAUAACAUCUUUAAGGGUUUUGUGCUGGCGAAAAUCAAGAAAGAAUCCAUCAUCCAGUCCUUUUAGUUUGGAUAAGCUCCUUCGAAUUUCCUAUAAGGAGCUUCACCAAGCAACUCAGGGAUUCUCUUCAGAAAACUUAAUUGGACAAGGUAGUUUUGGCUCUGUAUAUAGAGGAAGUCUUGAUCUACAUGGUGAAAGGAUAGUUGCUGUGAAGGUACUCAACCUUCAACAACAUGGAGCAUCCAAGAGCUUCAUUGCUGAGUGCAGAGCAUUGCGGAACAUCAGGCACCGAAAUCUGGUGAAGAUCUUGACAUACUGCUCAAGCAUUGAUUUUAAAGGCAAUGACUUCAAAGCUCUUGUGCUUGAUUUCAUGGUGAAUGGAAGUUUAGAAAUGUUGUUGCAUCCAAAUGAAGAUGGUAGUAGCCAGCCAAGGAAUUUAAACCUUCUUCAAAGGCUUCGGGUUGCCAUUGAUUUGUCAUCUGCAUUGCAUUACCUUCAUUGUGAAACACCAAUCAUUCACUGCGACCUGAAGCCAAGCAAUAUUCUGCUUGACAAUGACAUGACUGCUCAUGUUGGAGAUUUCGGAUUAGCAAGGCUUCUUUCCAAAACCUCAAGCAACUCUUCUCAAGAGCAAACAAGCUCCAUUGGGAUAAUGGGAACAAUCGGCUAUAUGCCUCCAGAAUAUGGAAUAGGUGGCGAGCCAAUAACAUAUGGGGAUGUGUAUAGCUUUGGAAUAAUUUUGUUGGAGAUAUUCACUGGACGGAGACCAAUUGAUGAAGUGUUCAGAGAUGGUUUGAAUCUCCGCAACUUUGUUAGGUCUAAGCUACCGGGACAAGUAAUGCAGGUUCUCGAUCCCAAGCUUAUUGCAACGGGAGAAGUGGGAGCAGAAGAAUUUGUUGAAGACAAUGAGAGUGAUGAUGGUCAAAUAGAAAUCCGAGAAAAUAAUGUCAAUAUGGAAAAUAUGAAAUUACAAGGAAGCAAUGUGCAAAAAUGUGUUGUAUCAGUCCUCAAAAUAGGAGUUGCAUGCUCGGCAGAACUACCAGGAGAUCGAAUGAAUAUGAUCGAUGUCACAAGAAAAUUAAACAUUAUCUCAGAGGCUUUCCUUCGUGCAAGGACUCACAGAGAACGACAAAUCCCCAAAGACUACUUUGAUCAUUUGGAUAUUGCAGAGGAAUAUGCGGUGGCAUUCAAGCAUCUAGGCCCCCACUAA